AGCCCCGCCCUUUCGUCUCUCGGACAAGUAAAGGAAGGGGAUGGGGUUUGGAACAGAUUGCGGUGAUGAGUCUACCAGCACGGUCAUCGGACACUCCGGGUGUAGAAGGUACUAGUGCUCCCCCCGAAGCGUGUGGGAGCUGUGCUGCAAUCGGUAUAAAAAUCCACAAUUGGUGCAAAAAGAACUUCUCGCCGAUUUGUAGGAGAUGGAAAUUUUAGUCCUUCUUCUCUUAUUCUGGAUCGCCGCUGACCUCGCCUCUGCCCGAUGUCCAAAGCAAUGCACUUGCGCCCUCAAGUUUGGCAGGAAGACGGUGUUCUGUUCAGGCGGUGGCCUAAACUACAUUCCCGUGGCCGAGAUGGACAUGAAUGUACACGAACUGGUGAUCACUUCUCCCCCGGACAACCCCAACAACAUCACGGUCGGGAGAAUAUUUUUCAAGUUCUCCAAUCUGGAGACUGUGAGGAUCAUUAAAUCGGGUAUACCUGCCAUAGGAGACAGUUCAUUCUGGCCGGGAAGGCGAUUGCGAGUGCUCGAUCUGAGCCAUAAUGCAAUCAGCUUCUUAAGGGAAUCCGAUUUCAACGGACUCAAAAACUUGAUAGAAUUGGACCUGAGUGACAACGAAAUAUUCGCCACCCCUUCGGCACCCUUCCGCCACCUUCUCAACUUGAAGAAACUCUCUUUGGCCCAAAACAAACUCCAGAAUUUAGUUCCUAGAUUCUUUUACCUCCUUUCUCAGCUGGAGGAACUCAAUUUAAGUGGGAAUGUCCUGGGAUUCAUCGAUCCAGAGAUUCUUCAGGAUGUGAGGAACCUGAAGGUACUGAAAAUAGGUCGGUGCAGACUGCUGCAGGUGCACCCGAUGCUCUACCAGCAGCUCCCUGUGCUCGAGCAUCUGGACUUGAGAGACAACUACCUCACUUCACUGUCUCCCGGAGAAUUCCGGCACCUUCAGCACCUCUCUACUCUUCAAAUGGACGGUAAUGCGCUGGUUAGCCUGACGGAGGGCAUCUUCCACGGACAGACACUUCAAAAGUUAGGACUUUCUCGAAAUAACCUCUCCUCUUUAUCAGAUAAGACUUUCACGAACGCCACUAUCCGGGCACUAGAUAUCUCUUACAAUAAAUUAGAGUAUGUGCUUCGAGACACUUUCACGCCACUUGGGCACUGUCUGGAGGUCCUUAACAUCAGCCACAACCCCAUCGGAAAUCAGGCCUUCUUCUCCAUCAUCCACUCCCUGAGAAAUCUGAAAUGCCUUCGGUCAUCUCGUCUGAAGAUUAAAAAUUUGUUGAGGGACGUUUUUGCGUCGAACACUAAACUAGUGACACUGAAUCUGUCUCAUAACGCUGUGGUUGAAAUCAGUCCGGAUAUUCUGUAUCCGUUAGAGAACUUGGAAAGUUUAGACGUGAGUUUCAACAAGAUAAGUACUCUGGCGGAGAGUGUAUUGGAAGCGUUAUUUAACAAGACGUUUUUCAGAAACGUCCAUCUACACGGUAAUCCCUUCGAUUGCUCCUCUUGUCAGAUUGCACCGAUUUUUCACUUCGCUAACGAGACACAUUUUGUGGACGGGAAUGACUCGUUUCAUGAAUGUCUGCAGUGUGAAAUGCCCAUCGAGUGGAAGGGUCGUUGCAUUAUUUCACUCCAAGAAAAUCAAAUAACAUGUCAAAACAUCAUUUUCGAUCGCCAAUACCUCGAAUACACGUCACAGGUAGGGCUGAUGGUGGCCAUUUCCAUUAUCGUACUUAUCGUGACCAUCAUAUUGGUCAUCAUCGUAAUCUACCGACGGCACAUAGCUCACUAUUAUACCCACGAAGAAGAGCAAAGAGCGUGGAAGGGAAUCUACGAGAAUCCCGCCCUGGUACCCUCAGGAGGUGUUCACUACGGGGAGCCCACUUUUAUCUCGACUGGCGACAAAGUGGACGAAAACAUUGAGGACAUCCGAACACCCUGAGACUACCCUUUAGCCUAAAGGAUACUUUUACAGAUGGCCCCCCCCCCCAAAAAAAAAAGCCGUCACUUAUUUGAAUUUGCCAUUCGAUAAAGUUUCUUGUAUUUUACACAUUGUCAUAUAAAUUUUAUGAAGAAAUUUUCAUUUCCUAAUGCAAAAUAAAAAAUAUUUAAUAAAAAAUUUAAAA